UAAAUUGAGUGUGAGUCACCGGUGUGUCACAAGAAAACAAGUAUCCCUCGCAAAUAAAAUGUAAAACAUUCUGUGUUCGGCUAGCGUCAAGGCUACAUAAUGGCGUGCUUUCUUUUUCUUUUUGUGGCUGCUUUAUUUACACUCACAUCUUCGCAGUUCAUACCACCGUUCACGGAAGACUGCAGGACGGGAAUGUACCCACCCAGUGGACCCACGUUUAAAGGCACAGUGAGCUGGUACACGGUGGACCUGGACCUGCCCCCCAAGGACAGAUGGACGGCGGUGGUCACAGAGAAGAAGGCGGAGCUGGUCAGCAUGAUCCAGGCCAUCAAGGACUUGGCUGAUGCGUUCGUUCCGGACGGGAAGCUGAUCCAGCUGGUGGACGUCACUCUGCCCCUUCUGGCCAAGACGCUUCCGUACCCGUUUGGCCAGGAAAUGGAAGGAGUCGCCGCCGCCUCCGGGAUCCCUCUGGGCGAAGUGGUCCUGUUUAACAUCUUCUACGAGGUGUUCACCGUCUGCACGUCGGUCGUCGCUGAGGACGCCAAAGGAAACCUCCUGCACGCUCGAAACCUGGACUUCGGACUCUUCAUGGGGUGGGACGCACGGAACAAGUCGUGGGUGGUGAGCGAGCUGCUGAAGCCGCUGGUGGUCAACGUGGACUUCAGGAGGAACAAGCAGACGCUCUUCAAGUCCACCAACUUCGCCGGUUACGUCGGCAUGCUGACGGGCAUCAAAGCGAACGCCUUCACGCUGACCAUGAACGAGCGCUUCAGCCUGGACGGCGGAUACAUCGGAAUCCUGGAGUGGAUCCUGGGAAAGCGGGACGGCGUCUGGAUGAGCUUCCUAACUCGCUCCGUGCUGGAAAACGCAACCAGCUACGAGGAGGCCAAAGAUCGCCUGGCUCAGACCAAACUCUUGGCGCCGGCCUACUUCAUCCUGGGAGGCAACAGGACGGGCGAAGGUUGCAUCAUCACCAGAUCCAGACUCAUCAGCCUGGACAUCCUUGAGAUCGACUUGAAGUUGGGGCGCUGGUACGUGCUGGAGACCAACUACGACCACUGGAAGGAUCCGCUCUUCCUGGACGACCGCAGGACUCCGGCCAUCAAGUGCCUGAACGCCACCUCGCAGGCCAACGUGUCGGUGAAGACGCUCUACGACGUCCUGUCCACCAAGCCGGUGCUCAACAAGCUGACCACGUACACCACGCUGAUGGAGGUGUCCACCGGCACCCUGGAGUCCUACAUCAGAGACUGUCCCAGCCCCUGCAUGCCCUGGUGACCCCCCCCCCACCUUGGUCUUUUCUUACUUCAACCCUGCCAGGUUCUCAAUGUUGCCACCAAAGGACAAAGGGAAGUGAGCGCACGUGAGCACACGGCCCAUUGGUUCCCUAAAAUACCCCCCCUCCGCUUCCUCAAGCUUCAUUAAAAACUGUUAGGAACCUUUUC